AUGCGAAAUCCUGUACGUUUCGUGUCGGUCUUUUAUGAAAUUCAAUGCAACGCGUCAACAACAACCGAGAUCACGACGGACACUACUGAAACCUCAAGUUCCGCAUCGGACGAUACCUAUCCCUUCGUCACAGGAAUCGAAUUGUCCACUCCUGAUCCCACGCUCUGCGAUUCGAUGGGAGAAUGCAAACAGAACCUGAUAGGGGAUGAGGGAUUUUUGGAACCCUGCGUAAAUACCGACGGAGAAGUUCCUGCAUAUCAGCAAUGCCUGUGGAACAUCCUCAGAUACGAUGCAAUGGACUCAAUCGAUAUCGUACUGACAACUGAAGAUUUCGGGGAUUUUGAAGAUGGAAGCCUGUUGUUGGGGAUGGGCUACGGAUACAAAGACGAUUUCCCAGGGGCAACAGAUGAAACUGUACUGGCUUCAUUUGACAGCCCUGUGACGGAGAAUGUAAUUGUGAAAGUGCCUUGCAAUGACGCCUGGGUUAGCGUGCGGAUUCUGAAGAAGCUGAUCAACCCUUUCAGGAUCUCCUAUUUCAUAUUUCAUGAUGAAGAAGAAUGCGACGCGACGUCACCAACAACCGACAUCACGUCGGACACUACUGAAAUCUCAAGUUCCUCCGAUACCGAUUCCUCUGUCACAGGAACCACUACUGAUCCCUGGAUGACGCUCUGCGAUUCGAUGGGAGAAUGCAAACAGGAUCUGACAGAGAGCACGGGAUUUCUAGAACCCUGCGUAAAUACCGAAGGAUUAGUUCCUGCAUCUCAGCUAUGCCUGUGGAACAUCGUCGGAAACGAUGGGAUCGACACGAUCGAGAUCUUACUGACGCCUGAGGAUUUUGGGGAAUUCGAAGAUGGAAGCCUGCUGUUGAGAAUUGGCUAUGGAUACAAAGACGAUUUCCCACUAGAACCUGAAGACACAGAAUUGGCUAGAUUUGAUGGCCCUGUGACACAGAAUGUGACUGUGAAAGUGAAAUCCGAAAUUGCCUGGGUUAACAUGCUGGUCUACAUGGAUCCGAUCGACCUUUUCAGGAUCUCCUAUAUCAUGAAGAAGGAAGGGACGCCGAAUGUAACGAUGGAACCAGAAGGACUUCUGGACUUCUUCUGGGACCAGUUGGGAGAAGGAGAUCCACUGCACCUAUUGGACAACCUAACAGAAACCAUCGAAGACCAAGGAGGACUGACGGGAGACGAGAUCGACGAAUUGAUGGAUCUACUCGACCUCCUUUUCGACGAUUUCCUCGACAGCCUCGACGAAUACCCCUCGCCGCCGGACAGGACCAAGGAGUUCCUUGCGAAUUACAGUCGCACCGUAGAGGAAAUGCUCGUCUCCUUCGAAGGAUGGCUCGAUUUGACACAGAUGUCUCGAACUGAGAACUUCGCCACGUUGACGUCGACUUUUGCCAACUACGGAAUGCAGCUGUUGGAAAAGCUUCUCUUGAACAUGACGGAACUGGAAUUUCUCCGAUCAACGACAGUCUUCACGGCCGAAGUUCGCAGCGGAACGAAAGAGAGUUUGACCGGCCCUGUCGUCUUUCCCUCGGCAGGGGGCGACACGUAUUUGACGUUGCCGGCAAGUUUUCGGGACGAUGUCGGCGGUGACCACUACUCCUACGUCGGCGCGUUGUACAACGUCCGGGAUCUGAAUGACCUGCUUCCGGGACAUCAGAAUUUAUUUGGAGAUGAUAAAGUAGUAAAUACGAAGUUGCUUAGCUUUUCUAUGAAGGUAAGUGGGAGAGGGAACCUUAAUGACCCAGUAACCCUGACUUUUCGAAACGCCCAGUCCCCGCAAAGUCCAAUGUACAAAGAAAUCUGGCGAAACCUUCACGACGGAGAGAAGCCAACCUUCAUCCCCCAAUCUCACCAAUGCGUCUUCUGGAACUUCAACGGAUCCGGCUUCUGGGACACAGAGGGUCUCCGUGAGGUUUCCUCAGAUCGGGACAACACCGUCUGCCAAUCGCACCAUCUAACCAAUUUUGCGGUGUUAAUGAGCACUCACGACUACGUAAUGGGUUGCGCGGUGUCAGCGAUCUCCAUUCACUUUACCUUCCUGUGCGUCUUCACCUGGAUGGCUCUGGAAGGGUGGCACCUGCAUAGCAAGCUGCAAAUGGUGCAGAGACGGAGCUUCUCGCUUCGAUUCUAUCUCAUGGUCGGGUACACCGUGCCGGUGGGGGUUGUGGCUAUCACGGUUGGUGUGUCCUUUGGGACUGGGAUUCGCUAUUACGGAGAGGGAGAAUUUUGCUGGCUGUCCUCGCCUGCUUACAUCUGGGGGUUUGCGGCUCCAGUCCUGUUGGUCGUCGGUGCCAAUUCCAUUCUCCUUAUUUGGGUGUUCAGUAAGGUGAGGAAAGUCGGGAGGGUUCCUAAUGGGAUGCAGAAACAUCAGGCAGAGAGUAAUUCUGUAAGCAGCGCUGUGCGGGUGUUCUCCCUCGUGUGUCUCCUCGGUUGCGGAUGGUUGCUGGGGGUCCUGCAGAUGGAGGUCUCGCCGGUUUUCGCCUACUCCUUCGUCGUUGUUGGCUGCUCGCAAGGCAUCGGUAUCUUCAUCUUCUACUGCUUCAUGGUCCCAGACAGAAGAGAAAAGCUGGUUCGCUGCCUCAAGAUCUACUGA